AUGUCAUCUGAAGCCGACCAAGAACUGCCAGCAGUGAACCUAAAUACAACCAAGGGAAGAGAUUAUUUAUGGUCUAAAACAAAAGCUGCUUUCAAAUAUAUUUAUGAACAUAGGUAUACUUCUUACGACUGGUAUUUGAAAGCUGACGACGACACUUACGUUAUUGUCGAAAAUCUGAAAUACUUCUUAUCAUCUCAGUCAUCUAAAGAACUAGUCUAUUUUGGUGCAAGGCUUGGCGUGACAUUAAAGAAUGGAUUUAUGAGCGGCGGAGCUGGUUAUGUUCUUUCCCAAACCGCACUUAAAAAAUUUGUGACUGAAGGAAUACCUAACGAACAGUAUUGUUCACCUCAUGAUACAGUCAGCGAAGAUGUCGAAAUGGCAAUAUGUUUAGAAAAAAUUGGUGUACAACCUGGUGAAUCAAGAGACGCACAAGAAAAACAUAGAUUUUUGGCAGAGGAACCGGAAGCUCUUCUAGCAAACGAUAAAAACUGGGUUCGAAAUUGGACAUUUUAUCCUAUGAAAUCGGUAUACAAUAAGUUUUCUAUGUAA